CGCUAUUUUAUCACGUGAAUUGCAAUUGUGGGUGGCGGCGGUCGUCUUGCUGAUUUUUAGCACAAAAAAAACACAGUUCGCUGUUUUUAAAUAGCAGAAAAAGCACACCAGUGUCGUUCCAAUCAACCAGAGCCGCUAAAAACCAUCAAGAUGAUGUCCGAAUACUGGAUUAUCUCUGCGCCGGGCGACAAGACCUGCCAGCAGACGUACGACACCAUGAACAACCUGACCAGCAAGCAACACAAUCUGUGCAAUAACUACAAGUUCCAUAUACCAGACCUGAAGGUCGGCACCCUGGACCAACUGGUGGGCCUGUCCGAUGAUCUGGGAAAGCUGGACACGUAUGUGGAGCAGAUCACCCGCAAGGUGGCCAACUACUUGGGCGAGGUGCUGGAGGAUCAGCGGGACAAGCUCCAUGAGAACCUGAUGGCCAACAACAGUCCUGGGCCACCUGACGACAGCAUGCCGUGUCGCCACCACCAGCGCAUCAAGCAUCUCAGCCUGCGACACCAGCGAAAACACCAGCACACGCACCACCAAAACAAACCCCAACACUACCAUCACCACCACCAUCACCAGCUGCCCCAGGAUCUCAAGGGUAAAUCCGCGCCAUCGUCACAGACAACAGCCUGUUCCCCUGCCACUCCUCCGCCCCCUAAUCUUCCGCCGCCAACGCCUGCCUGUGCCUGUAUUUCCGCCGAUGCCCUAGCUCCCGGACACGGACACGGAUCCGUAUCUGGCGGCAGCCUGACUAACCUAUCGUCGAGCCACGACCCGGAGCCGGAGUUUGAUGCCUGUCCGUGCGAUGAGUGCUUCGCCUGCGCCCCGCCCAGCACCAGCGCCACGGCCAGCACGCUCCUGGCGGACGAGUGCUACUCACAGACCGCCUCCUCCAUGCUGAGUGCUACCCGCUGUGCCCUGUCAACGGUGGCAGCGAUAGCCACGGGCAGUGGUUUGGGCAGCGGACCCAGUACCAGUGCCGCGGCAGCGGCAGCCUCAACUGGUGGCGUGGCCUCCUCCUCCGCCUGCUCCUCGGCCUACUUCUCCACGUCGGCGCCAACGACCAGCAGCUCGGUGCACAGCAGCAUGUCGCGAUCUAACAGCAAGCGGCUGAAUAACAACACUUGCAGCAUCAACAAUAACAAGCUCAGCUUCCGCAGCGGCAGCCACGUGAGCCAGCUGCACCUGCCCACGCAUCAGCAGCAUCAGUCGCAUCAUCAGCUGCAUCAUCCUCCGCCUCCAGGGCACCUUCACUCCCAUCCGAAUCCGCUGCAAUCGCCCACGCAAAAGUCCGUGUCGGAGGACGAGGGCGAUGUGACGGUUCCCGAUGAUGGGGAGACGGACGGCGAGGACCCCAAGAGUCCGAACAGUGUGCAGUCCGAUCUGUCGGAUACCUUCGACUGGUGGUUCAAUAAGCCCAAGCGUAACUCUAAGAAGAGCAGUGCACAACGCAAUACAGAAACACCACAGUCACAACAACACACGCCACAAGGACACCAACAGACGGCACAGCAACAGCCAACGACAACACACCAACAGAUACCACUAUACCAACAGACACCACAACAACACCUAUCCAAAGCAAUGACAUUUUGGCAUCAAGCAUCGACCACACCGCGCUCUAGUUAUCGCUCUUUCUUCAAUUCUCUUGCCGAUCAAAUUUAUAGCAAACGUUCUACACCGAGUCAAUUAAAUAUAAACAAUGGAUUUAAUUUAACACCAACACAUAGAUCGUCUCCAGUGAGUAGUUGUUGUGGCAGUAGUAGCCAGGGGCGAUCCAGUCCGGACACGGAUCCCGCCGAGCCGCCCGAGUUUCCGCUGAGUCCAGCCGAACUGCCGCAGUACUUGACCCGCUUCCAAUGGGAUAUGGCCAAGUACCCGAUCAAGCAGUCGUUGCGCAAUAUUGCCGACAUUAUUUCCAAGCAGAUUGGCCAGAUCGAUGGCGAUCUGAAGACCAAGUCGCAGGCCUACAACAACCUCAAGGGAAACCUGCAGAACCUGGAAAAGAAGAAGACUGGCAGCUUGCUGACCAGGAAUCUGGCUGAUUUGGUCAAGAAGGAGCACUUCAUCCUGGACUCGGAGUACCUGACCACUCUUCUGGUCAUCGUGCCCAAGGUCAUGGCCAACGACUGGCUGACCAACUACGAGAAGAUCACGGACAUGAUCGUGCCCCGCUCCACGCAGCUCAUCCAGGAGGAUAGCGACUACUGUCUGUUCAAUGUGACGCUCUUCAAGAAGGUGGCCGAGGAGUUCAAGCUGCAUGCCCGUGAGCGCAAGUUCAUUGUACGUGACUUUGUCUACAACGAGGAGGAGCUGGCCGCCGGCAAGAGCGAGAUGACCAAGCUGAUGACAGACAAGAAGAAGCAGUUUGGUCCCCUGGUGCGUUGGUUGAAGGUCAACUUCAGCGAGGCUUUCUGCGCCUUGAUCCACGUGAAGGCUCUGCGCGUUUUCGUGGAAUCUGUGCUGAGAUACGGUCUGCCCGUCAACUUCCAGGCCAUCUUGAUCGAACCCAAUAAGAAGAGCGUGAAGCGUCUGCGUGAUGUGCUCAACCAGCUCUACGGCCAUUUGGAUGGCGCCUCCGCCUGUGGUCAAGUCAGCAGUGCUGAUAACGUGGACAUCCCCGGCCUGGGCUUCGGUCAGUCCGAAUACUAUCCCUAUGUGUUCUACAAAGUCAAUAUCGACAUGGUGGAGCAGGCCAAGAUCUAAAGCCCCCAACAUCGCAUAAACAUCCUAGCAUCCAGCCACACAAAAUAUACUUUACUCUACAGAGAAACCAACUUAAAAUCAGCUGAACCAUUCGCAGACAUCAAAUGAAACAAAAUUAAUAGAUUACUUUAAAUAAUUUUAGUCAUUGUUAUCUAAUUAUUGUUGUUAUUUAUGUUGCGCGUUGCCGUUAAAUUCUGUUUUAACUUACGGUUCGCGCGUCAACAAACCGAAACAAGUCAAGAAAACGUUUGCAAUUAUCCCCCGAACUUUCCCUAAUUGUGCUUUGUCCCUCUUCAGUUUGCUAAACAGUAUUUUAUGUUGUUCUUUAUGCCUUAUGAUGAAUGAUGAACAGAAUGUUUAACCCGUAGCCAAAUUUACACACAUUACACACACACACACACAUUGUCCUGUCGCUGAAGCCCCCUGGCUUUAAUUCUCCAUUUUUGUUUGUUUUUUGGUAGCUAUACAAAUAAACAUUUGAGUUACAUUUCGUUUUAAAAAGAACACUUUCGUCUCGUUUCGUGCUUGGUAUCCUGUAUCCGUUUCCGUGACUAACCACCAACGAUAUACUAAAAGAAACAUGUCCAAAAUAAAUUUAAGAUGGUGUCGCAAA